AUGUCCGUGGUCAACAUUCGUCGCGAUGUCGACGACAAGUUCUACCGAUAUCGCAUGCCUCUUCUUACCACCAAGAUCGAAGGCAAGGGCAACGGCAUCAAGACCGUCAUCCCCAACAUGGCCGACAUUGCUCGUUCGCUCAGCCGUCCUCCUUCCUACCCUACCAAGUACUUUGGAUGUGAGCUCGGUGCUCAGACCUCGUUCGACGAGAAGAACGAGCGAUACAUCGUCAACGGCGCUCACGACGCCGACCGUCUCCGCGAGCUUCUCGAUAGCUUCAUCGACAAGUUCGUCCUCUGCGGCGACUGCAAGAACCCCGAGACCGACCUCAAGAUCCUCAAGGAUGGCGACAUUCUUCGCAACUGCAAGGCUUGCGGUAAGCGCACCGGUGUCGACAUGAAGCACAAACUCACCACUUUCAUCGUCAAGCACCCUCCUCCCAAGCGUGUCAAGGGAGCUAAAGGUGCCGGCAAAUCCGCCGGUCAGGACGCUGGUGAUGCUGGCUCCGACGACGAGCUCACGAAGCGUAUCAAGGCUGAGGCUGCCGAGAUCCCUACCGCCGAGCAGGCCGGCAAUCUCGACGACGACUGGUCCGUUGACACUUCCGAGGCUGCUGUUGCUGCCCGUGUCAAGGCCCUCGAAGGUGCUGUCAAGUCUUCGCUCGUGCUUGGUGAUGACGACGAGGACGAGGAUGAGGACAGCCCUUACUCGCAGUUCGGCCAGUGGCUCCUUGCCAACCGUAAGGGCGGUGAGGAGGGUCGCGAGUGCACUCCCGCCGAAGUCUACAAGAAGGCACAGGAGUUUAGUAUAGAAAAGAAGCACAAGACCGUCCAGGUUCUCGCUCAGGCUCUCUUCACCGAAGAUGCUCCCAAGGAAAUCGAAAAGUACGGUGCCGUCCUCGCCAAGAUGGUUGGCGACUCUGAGAAGCACCAGAAGGCCAUGCUUGGUGGUUUCGAGCGUCUUGCUGGUGUUCAAUACCCUUCGCUCGUCCCCAACGGUGUUCCCAAGAUCCUUAUGGCUUUGUACCAGAUCGAUGUGCUCGAUGAGCAGUUUAUCAAGAACUGGGGUACGCACGUGAGCAAAAAGUACGUCGACAAGGACACUUCCAAGAAGGUCCGCCGUGCUGCUGCUCCUUUCCUCGCUUGGCUUGACGAGGCUGAUUCCGAGUCUGAGGAGGAUUCGGAUGACGAGGAUGACGAAGACGAGUCCGAGGAGGAGGCUGCUCCCAAGGCCAAGGCAACAGCUAACGGCAACGGUACUAAGAAGGCUGCUGCUCCCGCUACUCCUGACGAGGACGACGACUCGGACCUCGACAAUCUCUAA